AUGGCCGAAGCUGAACAACCCGAUGCAGCUGAGAAGUUUCUCCUUGCCGAGUUGGGUAACGUCAGCUUGUCACCAAAGUUGGGGCAUUGGGUGAUGGAACAACGCUUAAACUCUGCCAAGUUGGCUUGGUUGCUGCAUCAUGCUGGCCUGCCCACUCCAAGUUGGGAGUUGAACCAUGGGAACUUUGCGAAAGCAUUGGUCUCCUGGUUCCUAAACAAGAGGGCACUGCGUGAGGCUGGUUUCACAGAGCAGCGAAAACCUCUGGCUCUUCACAGUGGGGGGAUCACAGGCUGCUGCACUUCCAAACCGAUGGGCUUGGUGAGCCUAGGCACUUGA